AUCAAUUUGCCUGCUGACAACUAUGCUGAACUCGUAGUGAAGUCGGGGACCGCGGGGCCAGGCAGGCUGCCUCAGCACAUCCAGAGCUGGUUCUGCCUGGUCUGCUAUUGGCCUUUGAUAUGCCGCCAAGCCUAAAAGCACUGAGCCUCUCCCCAAUGUCGUCUGCCUGGGAGUGCAAGACACGGGACACCUUUGCCAGCGGUGAAGAGCAGGACGAGGUGACCCACCACGUGACAGUGACAGCCACAAACACAGGUGACCAGUGCCAGUGCUCGAAGGAGGAGCCCAACGGGGCUCCUCAGAAGUGGACAAACACCCAGAACGGCAUGCAGGACAGUGGGGGUACGGGGGUGAAGAAGAAACGGAAGAAAAAGGAUCUGGGAGAGCAGGAAGGGGGAGAUAAAGCAGCUGUGGAGGUGAAACCAAAGAGGAGGAGAGAGCCUAAAGAACCAAAAGAGCCUAAAAAGGUGAAGGAGUCUAAGAAGCCGAAGGAACCCAAGCAGAGGGAGGUGGCUAAGAAGCCCCGGAAACCUCGGGAACCCAAAGCCCCAAAGGAGCCUAAAGACAAGAAGAGUGGCUCUGAGUCAGCCCCCAGAUCAAGACCCAAGAAGAUCAGCAAAGACACCCCUGUGGAGAAGAAGAAGAAAGGGAAGAGGAAAAAUGAGAUAUCAGUGACCAGUUUGGAUUUGGAUCAGGAUAUCCUGAGCCCAUCUGUACAAAGCCCAGAGGAGUCUGUGGAGUCAGCUGACAGCCAGAAACGACGCUCAGGAAGGCAGGUGAAGAGGAGAAAGUACAACGAGGACCUGGAUUUCAAGGUCGUGGAUGAUGAUGGAGAGACAAUUGCCGUGCUGGGAGCUGGACGAACCUCUGCGCUCUCUGCCUCUACUCUGGCGUGGCAGGCAGAGGAGCCUCCUGAGGAUGAUGCCAAUAUCAUUGAGAAGAUCCUUGCCUCCAGGAUGGUGCAGAAGGAGGCUCAUCCUGGAGGCCUGGCAUUUGAGACAGAGGAGUUCUACGUCAAGUACAGGAACUUCUCUUACCUCCACUGUAAAUGGGCAACACUGGAGGAGCUGGAGAAAGACCCCAGGAUCUCGCAGAAGAUAAAGCGCUUCCGGAACAAGCAGGCUCAGAUGAAACAUAUUUUUACAGAGCCCGAUGAGGAUUUGUUCAACCCGGACUACGUGGAGGUAGAUCGAAUUCUGGAGGUGGCUCACACAAAGGACCCUGACACUGGGGAGGAGGUGACUCACUACUUGGUGAAGUGGUGCUCACUGCCCUAUGAGGAGAGCACCUGGGAGCUGGAGGAGGAUGUUGACCCAGGGAAGAUUAAAGAGUUCGAAGCCCUCCAAAUCCCUCCAGAAAUCAAGCACAUGGUAACGUACCCUGAGGAGCGCCCAGCGUCCGAGUCCUGGCAGAAGCUGGAGAAGUCCCGCGAGUACAAGAACAGCAACCAGCUGCGGGAGUAUCAGCUGGAGGGAAUGAACUGGCUGCUCUUUAACUGGUAUAACAGGAAGAACUGCAUCCUGGCUGAUGAGAUGGGGUUGGGGAAGACAAUCCAGUCAAUCACUUUCCUCUCAGAGAUAUUCCUGAUGGGCAUCCAUGGCCCCUUCCUCAUCAUCGCACCUCUCUCCACCAUCACAAACUGGGAGAGGGAGUUCCGCACCUGGACAGAGAUGAACGCCAUCGUGUACCAUGGCAGCCAGAUCAGCCGGCAGAUGAUCCAGCAGUACGAGAUGGUGUACAGGGACACACAGGGUAACCCUCUCCCUGGGAUCUUCAAGUUCCAGGUGGUUAUCACCACCUUUGAGAUGAUCCUUGCUGACUGCCCAGAGCUGAAGAAGAUCCAGUGGCGUUGUGUGGUCAUUGAUGAGGCACAUCGCCUGAAGAACAGGAACUGCAAACUCCUGGAGGGGCUGAAGCUCAUGGCCCUGGAGCACAAGGUGCUGCUGACAGGGACCCCCCUGCAGAACUCGGUAGAGGAGCUCUUCAGCCUCCUAAAUUUUCUGGAGCCACAGCAGUUCCCCUCAGAGACAGCCUUCCUGGAAGAGUUUGGAGACCUGAAGACAGAGGAGCAGGUGAAGAAACUGCAGUCCAUCCUGAAGCCUAUGAUGCUGCGACGGCUGAAGGAUGAUGUAGAGAAGAAUCUGGCCCCCAAGCAGGAGACCAUCAUUGAGGUGGAGCUGACCAAUAUCCAGAAGAAAUAUUACCGGGCUAUCCUGGAGAAGAAUUUCUCCUUCCUCUCCAAGGGUGCCAACCAGCACAAUAUGCCCAACCUCAUCAAUACCAUGAUGGAGCUGCGCAAGUGCUGCAAUCACCCAUACCUCAUCAACGGGGCAGAGGAGAAGAUCCUGGAAGACUUCCGUAAAACGCACUGCCCAGAGGCACCAGACUUCCAGCUGCAAGCAAUGAUCCAGGCAGCUGGGAAGCUGGUUCUCAUUGAUAAGCUGCUUCCCAAGCUGAUUGCUGGUGGGCACAAGGUGCUCAUCUUCUCGCAGAUGGUGCGCUGCCUUGACAUCCUGGAAGACUAUCUCAUCCAGAGACGGUACACCUAUGAGCGCAUCGACGGGCGGGUGCGCGGCAACCUGCGCCAGGCUGCCAUCGACCGCUUCUGCAAGCCCGACUCGGAUCGCUUUGUCUUUCUGCUGUGCACACGGGCAGGCGGGCUGGGCAUCAACCUGACCGCUGCCGACACCUGCAUCAUCUUUGAUUCUGACUGGAACCCACAGAAUGACCUGCAGGCUCAAGCUCGCUGCCACCGGAUCGGGCAAAGCAAGGCCGUUAAGGUCUAUCGCCUCAUCACCAGGAACUCCUAUGAGCGGGAGAUGUUCGACAAGGCCAGCCUGAAGCUGGGCCUGGAUAAAGCUGUGCUGCAGGACAUCAAUCGCAAGGGCAGCACCAAUGGGGUUCAACAGCUCUCCAAGAUGGAGGUGGAGGACCUGCUGCGGAAGGGUGCCUACGGCGCACUCAUGGAUGAGGAGGACGAAGGGUCAAAGUUCUGUGAGGAAGACAUUGAUCAGAUCCUCCAGCGCAGGACACAGACCAUCACGAUCCAGUCUGAAGGGAAGGGCUCCACAUUUGCAAAGGCCAGCUUUGUAGCAUCAGGAAACAGAACUGACAUUUCCUUAGAUGACCCCAACUUCUGGCAGAAGUGGGCCAAGAUAGCAGAGCUCGAUACAGAUGCCAAGAAUGAAAAGGAGAGCCUGGUCAUCGACAGACCCCGGGUGCGGAAGCAAACCAAACACUACAACUCCUUCGAGGAGGAUGAGCUGAUGGAGUUCUCUGAGCUGGACAGUGACUCGGAUGAGCGACCCACACGCUCGCGCCGCUUUAACGAGAAGACGCGGCGAUACCUGCGGGCUGAGUGCUUCCGUGUGGAGAAGAACCUGCUCAUAUUUGGCUGGGGACGCUGGAAAGAUAUCCUGACCCAUGGGCGGUUCAAGUGGCACCUGAAUGAGAAGGACAUGGAGAUGAUUUGUCGGGCCUUGCUGGUGUAUUGUGUCAAGCACUACAAGGGGGAUGAGAAGAUUAAGAGUUUUAUCUGGGAUCUCAUCACACCAACGAAGGACGGCCAGAAUCAGGCUCUGCAGAAUCACUCAGGCUUGUCAGCACCAGUGCCCAGAGGCAGGAAGGGGAAGAAGACAAAGAACCAGAUGCUGCUUCCUGAGAUAAAGAACGCAGACUGGCUUGCCACCUGCAACCCCGAGGUGGUGCUCCAUGAUGACAGCUACAAGAAGCACCUCAAACAACACUGCAACAAGGUUCUGCUGCGAGUGCGAAUGCUCUACUACCUGAAGGCUGAAGUGCUGGGGGAGGCUGCGGAUAAAGCCUUUGAGGGGACCCCUGCCAGGGAGCUGGAUGUGCUGCUGCCAGACAUUGACUACGUGGAGAUCCCAGUAGACUGGUGGAAUGCUGAAGCCGAUAAAUCCCUGCUCAUCGGCGUCUUCAAGCACGGUUACGAGCGGUACAACGCCAUGCGGGCGGACCCAGCGCUGUGUUUCCUGGAGAAGGUGGGCAUGCCUGAUGAGAAGCUGCUCUCUGCCGAGCAGGGCGUCAGCGAUGGGGCACAGGAUGCUGCUGAAAGGGGCAGCGUGGAAAAAGAAGAGGGCAGUGGAGAAAAGCUGGAGGGGCUGUCAAAACAGGAGGACAUUGUGGCUGUUGGGGAGGGUGAAGCCAGUGAGAAGCGGGACGAGCCAGCGGCAGCCCAGGAUGGCUCUGACUCAGACAGAUCCUGCUGGCCUGUCUCCUCUGCUCUCACGGCCAGACUGCGCCGACUCGUCACCGUCUACCAGCGCUGCAACCGCAAGGAGCUGCCUCCCCGCACCGAGAUGCUGGUGCCUGGUAACCAUGGCUACUGGCUGCAGGAUGAGAUGUUCCGGAGAGCCUCGGAGAUGGACUCAGUGAACAAAGAAAUGCAGAAAAGGUGGACCAGGAGGGAGCAGGCGGAUUUCUACCGUACUGUCUCCUCCUUUGGGGUUAUCUAUGACCAAGAGAAAAAAAUCUUUGACUGGGCCCAGUUCCGAGCCAUCUCUAGACUGGAGAAGAAGACGGAUGAGAGCCUGGAGAAGUACUUCUACAGCUUUGUGGCCAUGUGCAAGAAUGUCUGUGGUCUCCCUUUGUGGAAAGAGGAUGGUCCUCCAGACCCUGACAUCUACGUGGAGCCCAUCACAGAGGAGCGUGCUGCCAGGACCCUGUACCGCAUUGAGCUGCUGCGGAAGGUGCGCGAGCAGGUGCUCAAGUGCCCGCAGCUCCACGAGCGCCUCAAGCUGUGCCGGCCCAGCCUCUACCUGCCCGUGUGGUGGGAGUGUGGCAAACACGACCGGGACCUGCUGAUCGGCACCGCCAAGCACGGCCUGAACCGCACUGACUACUACAUCAUGAACGACCCCCAGCUGUCUUUCUUAGACGCGUACAGAAACUAUGCCCAGCAUAAAAGAACGGGGCUCCCAGGCCCAGAAACCUUGUGCUGCCUUUACCAGUCUAACUCCAAACUCUACGGUUCCCCCGUGUACGGCCGGCUGGACCAGACCUGUGAAACCCUGGAGAACGAAGCUGAGAGUCACAUCAAGCUAGAAACCAUGGACAGCACCAUGUCCCAGGCUGGGGGCAGCCCGCUGGACACGAACUGUGAAACAUUCAUGUCCGAAGUCCGGGACAUCAUCUCCAGUAACUACGAUGAGAGCUCGCUGCCGGACUCACUGGUGUGCAUGAUGUACGAUGAGAAGGCCUGUCCCAGCGAGCAGAGCUCCCUUGCCAGGGACAGCCCAAGCUGCGCAGAUGUUGGAAGCAGCGUUGCCAAACUCUCCGAGAGCAAGCUGGAGGGGGAUGAGGAUCCAUCCAGCUGUGAUGCAGAUGCCAUGAGGGAGGCUCCCUUCCUAGAGGGUUUGCAGGUGGGCUCUGACCGAAUGGAUGAUGAGGAAGCUGAGCCUUCACCUUCUACUCCUGAGAGCAAUCCUUCACAGAGUGCCCCAGCCGAGCUCGGCAAAGGCUUGGAACAGAAAGGAGCACUUGCCAGCCCAGCAGCGGGACUGCCUGAGCACGGCGCCGUGGAAAGAGUCCUAAGUGUGGGGCUCUACAGUCCCAGUCUCCAUAACUAUGAACUGAAGGUUCCUCCUGAGCAGAGGUUCAUCAGUCUGCUGCAGGAGAAAGGAUUGGAGGCAAAGUCAGGACCAAGUCAGAGCCACAGCGAGGAAGAUGAGGAGGAAGAAGAGGAUGAUGAUAACUCUGAGGCAGCAGCAGAUGCCGUGGAAAGCUUGAAUGGUCCCCGGAUUGGGGCUGAUUGUGACCCUGAGGCUCAUAAACUGGGGGGUGAGGAGCAGAGCUCUGUUCUCCCCACACCUAAUGCCACUUGCCCAGAAGACAUAAAUGGCAAGAGGGAGUCCCUGGGGCUGGGGGAGCCCGGGGCAGAGGGCAGGGAGGACUGUGGCUUGAACGAGGAGAGCACCCAGCAGCACUCACCGGGCCAGGCUCAGAGCCAGCCCUUCAGCCUGCCUACACCUCUGCCUCAGGGAGGGCCUCAGGGGGCAGAAGCGCCCUGUGUCAGGGGGAAGCCCUUGGGCCGAGAUGCUGAGGGGCAGACAGGCUGCACAGAGGCUGCGCACCCUGAGCCUCAGGGUAUAAAGCAAGAAGAGUGUGAGAACAGAGAUGACGGGGAGAAAGCCAGCAGCAACCAGAGCCAAGAUGGUACAGAGAAGUACUCGGAGGAAGAGAACAAGAAUUCUGCUUCUGUCCUACCCGGGGAGAUUGAUGAUCUUCAGGAUACCCGGGCACCGACCAUUGCCCAGCUGCUGCAGGAGAAGACACUUUACUCCUUCUCUGAGUGGCCCAAGGACCGUGUCAUCAUCAGCCGCAUCGACAACAUCUGCCACGCCAUCCUGAAGGGCAAGUGGCCUUCCUCCAGCCAGCAGUUUGAGGCACAGAGCUUGCUGACAGCCCCAGCCAUGGCCAGCAACACCAGCAGCAGGAGCAGUUUUACUGAGUCAGAAGCCCCCGAUCCCAACUUCAGUAAUGGGGUCUUAAUGUCACGGGUACAAAAGGAAGGUUUCCUGAGCCCUGCCUUUGCAAAAGAUGAGCGGAAGCACAGGAGACCCUAUGAAUUUGAGAUGGAGAGAGAUGUCAAACAGAGGAGCCUGGAGCAGCUGGCAGCAGCCCACGUCCAUCCGCCCAUUGUGCUGAACGGCUGGCGCGAGGCAGCAGUGGACUUGUCCAGAGCCUCUGAUGGCUCCCUGGGGAGCUCCUCUCCUUUCCCCCUGAACGCAAACAUGCCCAAACUGGGGACCGUGAAUGCCCUCCAGAGCUCCCUGGGCAUGGACUUGUCUGGCAUCCUCCAGGCAGGGUUAAUCCAUCCUGUCACUGGACAGAUUGUAAACGGCAGCCUCCGAAGAGAUGAUGCUGCCAUGAGGAGGAGACGGGGCAGGAGGAAAAAUGUCGAAGGGAUGGACCUCAUCUUCUUGAAGGAGAGGCCUCUUCCAAACAGGCUGCAGGAAUUGUCUAAGGAAGAUGAGGAAGACAAGAUCCUACUGCACCCUUUCUCCUUCCGUCCUGGGAUCCACUCAAAGAAUGGAGCAAGACCAGUGCCCCUAGACCACUUUAGGAGUGAUCUGAGGGGAAGUUGGUCUUCCUGGUGUUCAAAGUGUUUCCUUGAUGUUCAGGAAGACCAGCCACAGCCCCCUCAGAACAGUCCCCUCCCUGAUGGGCCGGUUGCUGCUUCCUCAGCUCCACAGCCAGUCCCAGCUGCAGGCCAAGAGAAGGCUGUCCCAAAUAAGAGUCUCCUUGACUGGCUCCGGCAGCAGUCUGACUACACACUCGAUGUUCCCAGCUUUGGCACAAAUUUUUCAGACAAACCCAAGCAGAGGAGGCAGCGCUGCAAGGACCCCAACAAACUGGACAUUAGCUCUCUGACGGGAGAGGAGCGGGUGCCGGUGGUACAUAAGGGUACCGGACGGCGGUUAGGGGGAGCCACGGCACCAGCAUUGAAGGAAUUGCCAAGGUGGCUUGAUGCAAACUUGGAGUAUGCUGUUGCAGCUGACUGGGCUGACAUUGUUAAGCUUUCAGGCUACUUACCCGAAAACAAAUUCAAUCGCAUCCUCACCGAGCCUGUGCUCCGAGACACCGGGCCACGCCGGAGAGGGAGGAGGCCCCGGAGUGAACUCCUUAAAGGGCCUGGUGUCGUAGCAGAUUCUUCUUCUGGAAUGGGACCAUUGUUCAUGAACGGACUAAUUGCUGGGAUGGAUCUAGUGGGACUUCAGAACAUGAGAAAUAUGCAAGGGAUCCCUCUGACUGGGCUGGUCGGGUUUCCUGCUGGCUUUGCAGCAGUGCCCGCUGGUGAGGAUGUGAAGAGCACCCUGAGCAUGUUACCCAUGAUGCUGCCAGGCAUGGCGACCGUACCCCAGAUGUUUGGUGUGGGAGGACUCCUCAACUCCCCGAUGACGACGACUUGCACCGCGACCGCUCCGACUUCGUUAACUAGCACAACGAAAGGUGGCACAGCCGGCGCCGAAAAAGCCAAUGAGGAGAAACAGGGCAGCCAGGAUGGGAAAAAAGAACCUCUCGCUGAAGAUAAGCCCGGUCCUAGUUCAUUUUCUAAUCAGACAGAAUCUGCAAUAACUACCAGUAGUCCUGUAGCUUUUAACCCAUUUCUUAUCCCAGGGAUGUCUCCUGGACUGAUCUAUCCCUCCAUGUUCCUUUCCCCUGGCAUCGGCAUGGCGCUGCCUGGCAUCCAGCAAACCAGGCACUCAGAGGCAGCAAACCUGGAGACCCAGAAGCGGAAGAGGAAGAAAGUGAAAGGGGAAUUGGCAAACCCAGAGCCAGAAACUGUCUCACUGCCAGAAAAAGAAGCUGCGAACAGUCAAAACUGUGUGGAGCAGAGCCUGCCAGCGGUGGCAGAGAAGGAGCAGGACGGACCAGCAGAGGAGGAGCGCCAAGCAGCUCACGAUACCGAUUAGAACUUUUGUUUCAUUGAAAGAAAAACACAAAAAGAUUGUGGCUUGUGAGUUUCUUAUCCCAUAAACUCUUUGUUACUUCCCCUCCCACCCCGCUCCACCUUCAUAUAAACCUGUGUUUCCAUGAGUAAUAUUAUCUACCUAAUUCCCCUGUCAGAAAAAACUGGUGACAUACUACAUGUUAAUAGUUGCAGGGUCUUGCCACUUUAUUAGAUAAGCAGUGUUGUCUAGCUAGUAUGGGAGGCACUGAAUUCUCAUUCUGUUUUUCCAGUCCAUCAUCCCAGCCGACAAUAGCAAAUCGAGUACUUGGUCACCCCCCGCAAAUUGCUCACUCCUUUGAGAAGAAAAAGCAGCAAAAAAACAAGAGCAAAAGAAAAGUGUUUCUCUCUUGGUCUAACACACAGACAAGGGUAUUUCUGUCUACAACGACACUGAAUGAAAAAGCCUAUAUUUGGGCUAAAAGCACAGCUAUAGUAAGUGCUAAUGUGUAUUUUUGAUUUAAAGUAUUUCCCUAUUUUAUCAUGGUUACUAGAAUAGUAGUAUAGACAGAACUAUAUAACUAAUGAUUGAAAAUGCAUAUAUUCAUUUCUUUGAACGGAAAAGCAUACCUGGUAGUGAUAUAAUUUCUUGAUCACCCCCACCUCAAAGGUUUGGAGACAAACUGCAGAGAGUGAAAAAAUGAUGUAGACAUUCUUUUUGUAUUUUUUAAAACCAACGUUUGGUUUUAUGUUACGUGGAGUUUAGUUGCCCUUUCCUUGGUAGUUACAAGAACUUUCCAGCUUGAGCUGGAAAGGUUUUGCACACUUGCAUGACUUUUCUGGGGUUACUGUAUCUGUAGCAACCAGUUCCUUCAUCAUUCUGCUUGUCUUCAGUUCUCUCUGGCGUUAGUUCUCAGCUAUGGCAUUACAGGUGCUCUAAAGGUAUUUUUUUCCAGCCGUGAACAGACCACACUGAUUUUAAUGCUCUUACAUGAACACUGAGGCUUUCUGAGUUUUUAUAUUUCCCACUCCUUACCCCAGAAGCGACGUUCUUUCAGCAAACUCUGGGAAGGCUGUAGGCCCCCUUCCCUCCUUGGGGAGUCCUCUGAGAAGGACCCUUGAGACACUCAGAGCCUGAGUUUCUUACUUUCUGGUGAUGGCCUGUGAAGAGAUGACUUUGGAUUCUUCCCGUUCCGUUUGCUGUUGAACAGUAUUUCCAGUCCUCCAAAUGAUUUCAGCAUCUGCCUUUCAAACGGAUGGGUUUUAAUGCUGCCGGCCCCCUGCUCCAGCUCUGGGUACUGACUCCUCCACAGCAACUCUUCGGAUUUCUCCUUCCCCUCACUCCUUUAAUUCUUCUUUCACUUGGGGUUGUUCUUACUUUGCAGCUCAUGGUCUGAGAAUUGAAUAAAGCCACAGUGGUGCAGUGGUGAGUGAAGGGCAGGCUGGGAGGGAGUUGGAGUAUGCUACUCAUCAGUUUCACACUUGGUUGUCACAAUUUACUGUAUUUUUUACUUUUUUUUUCUGUUGCAGUUUUGCUAAUUUAUCAGAUGGUCCAAAUAUUUUGACAUAACUAUUUCAGUUUGCAUUAUUUAUUUAUGAUGCUUUUUGUCAUUGUCUUUUAUACAUUUGGGAUUAUAAAUUAUGUACAUGUUAAAAUUAGCAUCUCAAAGAAGUCUGUUACCCGUGGUCAAAAAACCAGUUGGUUUAUAUUUUCACAGAAUAUAUUCCCAGUUUACUGGAUUGGAUGUUUUUUUAAAGUAUGUAGCCAAUCAUAAUGCAAUCCUCCUCCCCCCCAAUAAUUGUGUUCUAUUUAAUAACAUUCUUGUAGCAUAGAUACUGUAUCACUAUCGACAGAUUUCUUAGAAAUGCUGCUAUCUCUAUUUAACUAACAUUUUGUUCAGUUUUUGCCUCCAGUGGAAGCAGAAAAGGUUUUUUCAGCUGUUAAAUCCAAAAUCAAUAUAAUUUAUUUAUGUAAAAAAAAAAAGUCACGAUUGAUAUAUUUUUGAACCUUUUAAGUACUAACUUUGUUUUUAUUCAGUGGAAGAACAUGUACUUGCCCUAAAUCCUUGAAAUACAAAUGCUAUAAAACUUCA